CUUCAUUUUUACUCUCAAACGCAUCCGGAGAAGACGGUUGCUAAGAAUAGCGUUAACGUUAGCUGGUUAGUGACUGCGUGAAGAUGCAGUUGGCUCUGAGUAAAACGUUUGGCCAGAAACCAGUUAAAUUUCAACUAGAGCAAGAUGGAGACUUUUUCAUGGUUGGGUCAGAGGUUGGAAACUACCUGCGUAUGUUCAGAGGCUCUCUGUACAAACGCUACCCGUCUUUAUGGAGGAGACUGGCCUCGGUGGAGGAGAGGAAGAAGAUCGUCGCGUCAUCACAUGCCACCAGUGUUACUUUGCUGAAGGCGUCAGAAUGUGAAGAGAUCUUCGAGGGUAAUGAUGAGAAAUACAAAGCGGUGUCCAUCAGCACUGAGCCCCCUGCUUACCUCAGGGAGCAGAAAGCUAAGCGGAGCAGUCAGUGGGUCCCCACGCUGCCCAACAGCUCCCACCACCUGGACGCUGUGCCGUGCUCCACCACCAUCAACCGCAACCGAAUGGGCCGCGACAAGAAAAGGACCUUCCCCCUGUGCUUCGAUGACCACGACCCUGCAGUGAUCCAUGAGAACGCCGCCCAGGUGGAGGCGCUGGUUCCCAUUCGACUAGACAUGGAGAUCGACGGACAGAAGCUGCGAGACGCCUUCACGUGGAACAUGAAUGAGAAACUGAUGACCCCAGAGAUGUUCGCGGAGAUUCUAUGUGAUGACCUGGACCUGAAUCCUCUGGCCUUCGUCCCCGCCAUUGCCUCAGCCAUUCGUCAGCAGAUUGAGUCCUACCCCACUGACAGCAUCCUGGAGGAGCAGGCGGACCAGAGAGUCAUCAUCAAGCUGAACAUCCAUGUGGGGAACAUUUCCCUGGUGGACCAGUUUGAGUGGGACAUGUCAGAGAGGGAGAACUCUCCAGAGUCCUUUGCACUGAAGCUAUGCUCUGAUCUCGGGCUGGGUGGAGAAUUCGUCACUACGAUCGCCUACAGCAUUCGCGGUCAGCUGAGCUGGCACCAGAGGACCUACGCCUUCAGUGAGAACCCACUCCCGACAGUGGAGAUCGCCAUACGCAACACGGGUGAUGCAGAUCAAUGGUGCCCCCUGCUGGAGACCCUCACAGACGCUGAAAUGGAGAAGAAGAUCCGAGACCAGGACCGGAACACAAGGCGCAUGAGAAGACUGGCCAACACCGCUCCGUCCUGGUAGAAAGCAACGCAGCGCUGCAGCCGACAGAAAGGGACACACGAGUGUCUUCAGGAGACUCCUGUUACUCCGGUAAAUACUUUGAGUCAACACACACCACACCGGGUCGUCCUUCAGCAUUGAGGAAGCAUCUGGAUGUUCCUGCACCCACGGGUGCUCCGUCUCCAUGGUCACCUCAUAUGUCGCAGUUACACACAACAGCGCUUGGAACAUUCACACAACACGUGUCAAAGCAAUGCACUUUCCAUCACCGCGCAGUGAGCUCAGUGUAACUGUAUGAAUGUGUUUGCAUAAAACCCUCAUUUCAUAACUGUCAGACCUUUAUCACAGAUGCCACAGGUCUGUUUUCUCGGUUUAAGAUCCACUUGAAAUUACAAAAUAAUCUAUGAAUCAGCGGUCUAAUUUUGAUCCUGUUUUAAUUGAAUAGAAUAGAAGAAAAUAUUCAUUUUUUGAGCUAUCCAAUGUGCUAAAAAUGAAAGGGAUACACUUAAAUGUAAACAAGUGUGUUGUGAAAAAUGCCUGUUGACAUUAGUGGGUUCAUCAUCUGGUGGAUCAGCAAAAAUGUGUCAUGAACGGUUUUGAUAAUUGAUUCCAUCUUGUUUUCUAGUCAAAAGUCAUUGUAAGAUGAAUAUCUUUGGAUUUUAGUCUGCCGUCAUACAAACCAGCAUAUUUCAAAUUGUAAUGAUCCUUCUUUCCCUGUUUGUAUUGUUAUAUAGAUCAUUCAAUACUGGCCUUGCCAAGCAAAUCUUUGCACGUAUCCCUGGACAUACUAGUGGUUCAAACUUUUCUGGUGGUUGGAGAACCUUUACUAGAUAAAACAGAAGUUCUAAUACCCCUUGGGAUGGUGUGACUUGCCAUGGAACAGAAAACUCCUAACACCAGAAUACUUUUAAAGCUGCAGUCAUUUAAGCCUGUUAAUCCAUGCAGGCUUCACUACAUGUGAGUGAGCCGCAUUCAAUUGUUUAGCUCCUUGUAUAUAUACUGUGCCUGAAGGCUAUUAAGACAAACCAGAGUCCCUGGUAAUGUUGCUGUGUGUUCACACUCACUCUGGUUCCCGUCAGUGUUCAUUUGCAUGCUAAGACAUAGCUAGUUCAUCGUGUCCUCUUUGCAUGAGGGACUAAUGUUGCCGUUGUUACUGCUGUUUGCAGCGUGCCUCACAUUGCAUCAAUAUAAGCAGGCUGCAUCUCUGUUACUGCGUGUUUUCAGGAGCACACAUUAAAAAUACAAGCUGACAAGAACCCGUGGUGUCUUUUUAAAGUGCUGAUUUUCAACUUGAACAGUUUCCAGAUGAUUAUGUUAACAUAGGGACCAUUGCUUCUAUUCUUUUGUAAUAUGGCUUUGUCUUUAUAGUGGACUUGUUUUUAUAUAAAGAACUUGUUUGAAAUAUC